AGAGGAUUUCCAUCCCAUUGCCUUGUGCAACAAACCAAGUACUAUUUUUCUUGUUGAUCUUGUUUCAAUCUUCUCUUCUUCUUUCUAAUUUUUCUUAGUAGAAUCAAAAGCUUAGAGGUUGCAAAAAUGGCUUCCAAGAGAAUAUUGAAGGAGCUCAAAGACUUGCAGAGAGACCCACCAACUUCUUGCAGUGCAGGUCCUGUUGCAGAGGAUAUGUUCCAUUGGCAAGCAACCAUUAUUGGUCCUAGUGAUAGUCCCUAUUCUGGUGGAGUUUUUCUUGUUACCAUUCAUUUUCCUCCUGAUUAUCCUUUCAAACCUCCUAAGGUUGCUUUUAGGACAAAGGUGUUUCAUCCUAACAUAAACAGUAAUGGCAACAUAUGCUUGGAUAUCCUCAAGGAACAAUGGAGUCCUGCCCUCACAAUUUCAAAGGUUUUGCUCUCAAUAUGCUCUCUAUUAACUGACCCAAACCCAGAUGAUCCAUUGGUUCCUGAGAUUGCUCAUAUGUGCAAGACUGACAAACUCAAAUAUGAAUCCACUGCUAGGAGCUGGACCCAUAAAUAUGCCAUGGGUUAAAAAUAAAAUUUAAAGAAUUAAAAAAAAAAAAAAAAAAAAACACCUCAAUCUUAAUUAUUAAUAAAUCAAAACACAACAAAAAUCCAAUUUUUCUAUAAAUUUAUGUAUUGAUUUAAUCCUUGUCCCUUAGUCUCUCCUCAUCACUCUUCUUUUUCAUUUUCACUUAGAAAAAAAUGUAUUGAUCAUUAGCCCUAUACUAAAACUUGGGCUCUCUUGGCAUCAUAUUCAAAACACCCUUUACAUUUUGCUUGGAAUUUGAUAAUAGUUAUAUAACAAUAUUUCACAAAACUUUGGAGCUUUGUAUGUCUGUACUAUCUCCUUAUUGUUGAAAUUAUGCUUAAACUGAUUCAUAGUUC